AUGCGUCUCGAGACGUUAUCAAACACUUCGAAGUCUAUCGGGAACACGAAGCGUGAGAGCAAAAUCGCAAGCGGAUGGAGACAUGGCGGGGAAGAAUUUGUGAUCCUUGUGGACUCGCUGAAAAGUGAGAUCGAAAAAGACCUUCAACAACACGGCCUACAUGUGAAUAUGUCUCUUUGCCAUUUAUUUGUUGGCAGUCCACUGAUUCUUGGAGGUAUUGGCAUGUGCUGUGCGACACUUUAA